AUGGGAAAGUUGAUCAUUCUUCUUGGAGACCUAAACUGCGAUAUGCUUAAGCCCACACCUGGAUCAGCGUCUUUGAUCAAGACGACAAAAGAACUCAACCUUAACCAGUUAAUAAAAUCACCAACAAGAAUUACUGAAUCCAGUCAGACCCUCGUCGACGUUAUUUUCGUAUCCUCGCCAAGACUAGUAGUCAACAGCGGCGUCAUAGAAACCUGUAUCAGCGAUCAUUUCUCUGUGUAUGUAUCACUAAAACUUAAAACCGACAAAUCUCCACCAAACUAUAUCACUACCCGCAGCUACAAUAAAUACGACCCUGAUUUGUUCGCGAUCGAUCUGGCAUCCAACCGUGAUCGUCUUGUUUCCAUUUUCAGAAUGGACAAUGUUGAUGAAAAACUAACCUUUUUAAUGAAAUAUUUUUAA